UUGCACUUGAACAUUUGAUUGGAUUGCUUGAGUUGUCAACCAGAAAGGAUUCUCCAUGGCAACCAUUCUAGGACUCUUCUGCUUAGCAUCUCUCUUCCUAAAGUCAGAAUCAAUCAGCCGAGCUGAUUUCCCACAUGGUUUCAUCUUCGGAACCUCUUCUUCAGCUUUCCAGUUCGAGGGCGCUGUGAAUGAAGGAAACAAAGGACCCAGCAUCUGGGAUACCUUCUCCAACAAACCUGGAAGAAUUCUGGACUUCAGCAAUGCAAACACAACAGUUGAUCAAUAUCAUCGGUUUCGGGGUGACAUAGACUUGAUGAAGGACAUGGGAAUGGAUGCUUACAGAUUCUCUAUUUCAUGGACAAGAAUUUUCCCAAAUGGUACUGGAGAACCAAAUCCAAAAGGAAUAGAGUACUACAAUAGUCUCAUAGAUGCUUUACUAGAGAAAGGAAUUCAACCAUUUGUAACUCUUUAUCACUGGGAUCUGCCUCAGAGUCUUGAAGAUAAAUAUGGGGGAUUCUUGAGCAAUCAGAUAGUCAAGGAUUUUGAACAUUAUGCAUUUACCUGCUUCAAAUUUUUCGGGGAUCGAGUCAAGAACUGGAUCACCUUUAACGAGCCGCACGGUUAUACAAUCCAAGGUUAUGACUUGGGGGUUCAAGCUCCUGGGAGGUGCUCAAUUCUUGGACAUUUGUUCUGCAAGGAAGGGAAAUCAUCCACUGAGCCAUAUAUUGUAGCUCACAACAUUCUGCUGUCUCAUGCUGCUGUUUAUCAUUCUUAUCAUCAUAAUUUCAAGAGAAGUCAAGGCGGGCGAAUUGGUAUUGCACUGGAUGUCAAAUGGUACGAGCCAAUUUCUGAGAGCGACGAGGACAAGGCAGCUGCAAGUAGAGCGAUGGAUUUUGGGCUUGGGUGGAUCCUUGAUCCACUCCUCCUUGGGGAAUAUCCUGUCUCGAUGCAGAGCUUGGUGGCUGAGAGACUGCCUGAGAUUAGUGGUGAAGUGUCAAGACAGCUUAGAGGGUCUUUGGACUUCAUUGGCAUCAACCACUACACCACGUAUUAUGCUCGAAACGACAGAUUUAGGAUCAGGAAGUUUUUCAUGCAGGAUGCAAGCUCUGAUGCUGCUGUAAUCACAACCGCUUUCAAGCAUGGUGUUGCAAUUGGGGAAACGUCUGCAUCUCACUGGUUGCGCAUUGUGCCAUGGGGAAUCCGAAAGCUACUGAAUUAUGUUCGAGAGAAAUAUGGGAACCCGCUGGUGCUUAUUACCGAAAAUGGAAUGGAUGAUCCAAAUAAACACCACAUGCCAUUAGAAGAGGCUUUGCUGGACCAGAAAAGGAUAAAUUAUCACCAGAAUUAUCUCUCCAACAUAUCUGCUGCUAUAAGGGAAGAUAACUGCAAUGUCCGAGGUUACUUCGUGUGGUCCUUGCUCGACAACUGGGAAUGGAACAUGGGUUUUAGUGUUCGGUUUGGAUUAUAUUUCGUGGACUUUAAGAAUAACCUCACAAGAACACCCAAGUCUUCUGCUAAGUGGUUCAAAAAUAUGCUGAGAGCCUGAGACCAAAUGCACAUUUGGGCUAUCAAAUGCAAUCAGGUUUAAGCCACAGGAAUUCAAAAUAAAAAUGAUGUAAUAUCUGUAAAUUUUGGACACCCUUCAGACAAAACAAGAAGCUUAGAGAUGGGGAGAAAAUGUACAAUUUUAUAGUUUUCAUGAAUUUCUUUAUUCUGUCUUA